GUUUGUAAAUACAUGUAAAUUUUAAAAAAGAUAGUUGUGUGUUUAUUUUAAUGUUGAAUUGUAUGAUUUUUUUUUGUCUUAAAACUACAAAACAGCACUGAAAAACAUUAGCAUGAUCAAAAACUAUACAGAAUGCAAAUACACAAUUCAAUAUGAAAGAUAUGUUUAAUUUCGUAUUACGACCACCAGGUGGCAGUGCAAGGGAAGAGUGUCAUUUUCGUCUACCCUGCAAAAUAAAAACCGUAAAUAACUCUUUAAUUAGCUUGUUUUUUUUUCCUAAAAGAAAAUAGAAAAUUAACGUACUUAUGUGUAUAUUAUAAAGCAAGAGAUACAGUAUGCUCAGUUACUCAGAGAAAAAAAAUACAAAAAAAAGGUAUUUACGUUGAAGAACCCAAACCGGAAGUGUAACUUGUAAACAAACACUACUUGACGUUUGUUGUGGUUGUAGUUGUCUGCGUGUUUUCUUCUCGUUUUCCCUUUUUAUAGUAAACUACAGUAAUGAAAAAUGAAAAUGAGGAGAGAAAAUUUUAUUACUGUGCGUGUUUUACCACUGACAAUAUUUUUUUGGACGAAUACAAGAUCCAUGUUCGUUUCGUGUCGGAGCAGCAGUUCAGACUGGACUAUGGUCCUGUGCUCCACAGCUUGGGGUGUGUGACAGAGCAACAGUUUGAGGAUGUCCUUGUUAAGAUCUAUAAAGAAGUGGACAGAAGAAAGUGUUUAGGUGUAACAUCGGCCAAACGAGCUGUUGCUAUAAGAGACAUUUACCAACCUCUGCACUCUCAUGUUUACCACCUCAAGGAGUCUUUCCUUGCACAAAGAUUCAAGCACAUAGUGGAGUACUGCCAAGGCACCAAUGCAAGUCCAGAUGGCCUGUUGGAACUUUUAGAUGAAGUGCCAGGUCAAAGGAUUUAUCAGUUCCCUGUGUUUGAGAAACAGUUUUGUGAAGAGCUGCUUCAGGAGAUGGAGCACUUUGAGCAGUCUGCAGCACCCAAAGGAAGGCCCAACACUAUGAACCACUAUGGGAUCCUCCUGAAUGAACUUGGUUUUGAUCUGGGUUUCAUUACUCCUCUUCGUGAGCGAUACCUUCAUCCAAUCACCUCUCUCCUGUAUCCAGACUGGGGAGGACACUGCCUGGACAGCCAAAAGGCCUUUGUUGUUAAAUAUGACAUGCAUGAGGAUCUCGACUUGAGUUAUCAUUAUGACAAUGCUGAAAUCACUCUCAAUGUUUCUUUGGGUAGAGAUUUUACAGAAGGCAACCUUUAUUUUGGCAAUAUGAGACAGGUUCCUCUUAGUGAGUCUGAAUGUGUAGAAGUUGAACACAGAGUGACUGAGGGCGUCCUGCACAGGGGCCAGCACAUGCACGGGGCCCUGCCCAUUUCCUCUGGACAACGUUGGAACCUGAUCAUUUGGAUGAGGGCUUCUCAAGUGCGCAAUAAAUUAUGUCCUAUGUGCCAAAGGAGGCCAUCUUUAAUAGAAGGAGAUGGAUAUGCUGAUGGCUUCACCCACCAAAAUGACUCUCUGCUCAGUGGUUUCUGUUUGUUGUCAUAAUUUACAGAAAACAAACUAAAUGGCCUCUUUAUCCUAGACUUUGUGCUCUUUAUACAAGAUCUUACCAGUGAUCCCAAGCAGCAUUAAUUUGUUAAAUUAAAAUAUAGCUAUUACUUAUUGUUUGUAUCAAUACUAAAAAGGUCAGUUAAACCGUAGGCUACAGAUUCAGGUUAAAAAAAAAGUGCGUUUGUCGCUCUCUAAUAAUGAGAAACACCGCCCCCUCCUGGCUAAAACGGUCACAACGCAACUCAUAUUUCCCCCACAAUCCCUUUCGGCACAGUAGGCGCUGAUAAUUUAUUUAGAUUCGACGUCUGUGCGGAGGCAAUCUUCCAAUAAUUUGGAUCGCCAGUCGAACU